AUGACUGUAGUUCUGGCACACAACAAUUUUCAGACAGCUGUAAAUCUGGCAAGCCAAGCGGCCGAGGAGGACAAAGCACAGAACUAUGAGGAGGCUGUUCGCCUGUACCAGCAUGCCGCGCAGCACUUUCUUCAUGUGGUGAAGUCUCAGGAAGACCUAGUGGAACAGAGUGUCAGCGUGAAGUACGCUGAGUGCCUGGACAGGAUGGAGAAGCUGAAGGAGUACCGGAAGCAGAAAGAAAAGGCUUCACCCACUAAGCCUGUGGAGAACCAGUCAGAUGACAGAGAGAAUGAUGGUGAUGAAAGUGAUGACUCUAAGUUGUUCCAGAGUCUGCUGCAGGGAUCUAUCGUCAUGGAGAACGUCAAGUGGAGCGACGUGGCCGGGCUGGAGGGAGCGAAGGAGGCGCUGAGAGAAGCAGUCAUUCAUCCAAUCAAAUUUCCUCACCUCAUCACAGGGAAGAGGACCCCGUGGAUGGGCGUCUUGCUUUUCGGGGCUCCUGGCACCGGGAAGACCUACCUCGCCAAAGCCGUGGCCACAGAGGCCUACGGCUCCACCUUCUCUGUCUCCUCGUCCGACCUGGUGUCCAAGUGGCUGGGGGAUAACAGGAUGCUGGUGAAGAACCUCUUCAGCCUAGCUCGGAAGCGCAAGCCUUCCAUCAUCUUCAUCGAUGAUAUUGACUCACUGUGCUGCUCCAGGAGCGAGAACGAGAGCGAGGCAUCCCAGCAGGCCAAGACAGAGUUCCUGGCUCAGAUGCAGGGUGUCGGGAAUGAUAAUGAAGGAAUCCUUGUGCUGGGAGCCACCAGCAUCCCCUGGACCCUGGACCCUGCCAUCAGGAGAAGGUUUGAGAAGCGUAUCUACGUCCCCCUCCCUGAAGAGCAGGCCCGCAUCUUUAUGUUCAAGCAGCACCUGGGCUCCAGCCCAAACAGCUUGACCGAGUCCGACUUUGUGACCCUGGGCCAGAAGACGGAGGGCUACUCGGGGGCCGACAUCAGCAUCAUCGCGAGGGAUGCCCUGAUGCAGCCCGUCCGGAUGGUUCAGUAUGCCACGCACUUCAGACGGGUUCGAGGGGCAGUGUGGAACGACCCUGGUCAGGUGAUGGAUGACCUGUGGGCCCCAUGUUCCCCAGAGGAUCCCAUCGCUGUAGAGAUGACCUGGAAGGACAUCCAGGACUCCAAGUUACAUGAGCCAGUCGUCAGCAUGUCGCACGUGCUGAAGUCUCUGUCCAACACCAAGCCGACGGUGGACGAGCUGGACCUGGAGAAGCUGAAGGAGUUCAUGGAAGACUUUGGCCAGGAGGGUUAGCGCGCAUGCCUUGGUCACGAAUGUAGCACACAAGGACUGGGCCCUGCUUUCUCCCGCCUGUCCUUUCCUUCCGCUGGUCUCAAGUCCAACAAGCCAAUCUCUGCAUAUAGCUUAUGAGUGUGUUGUUUUUGCACAUUCAUUCACUUUACUUUUAAAUUAAAUAUAUAUUUUUGUUAUUUGAGGACAAUGAUGAAUACGAAUACGAAGACUGCUUUCAGUGUAUUGUUAUUUUUUGUAUCUUUUGUAUAUUGCUUUGAAAUACUACAGGACUAGCGUCAUGGGUUCUUGAGAGAUGGAGCAAUGCGUGUUGAUUUUAUGAAGCUGUUUACUUCUGAAGUAUGCAUCUGUAAUCUCUUGGCCGUUAUAAAUACUGUAACUGAACCGCUAACGUUAAUUAACCAUCCUGGCAAACAGAAUUAUAGUGGUUGUCUGUGAUUCACAGGGUAAGGUUUCAGUGUCAAAUUUAUCAAAGGAUUUCAUUUGAAUUUAUUAUUGUAUUUAUUUAUCUAUUGAAGAAGAGAUGCUAUAAGUGAGUGCAUGUCAUUUUAACAGUGUAUUGCAUGUCAGUGCAUUGUAAUUUUUCUUAACAGUCACAAAGUACGGUAAAUGGAACCAGAUCAUGACUGGUUGUCUGCGACCCCACGUUCAUUCCUAUUUGUUUUUAAAGAAAUAAGCCAACUGUACUCCUUUUGGAUGGGACGUUCAUAGCAUUACUGAGGGUGGAAACAUGAUUGUUGUAGUGAGAGUAGCCUAUGUAUAUGUUGACUGUUAUCCAUUAACUGUUUCAGCCAGAGGCAUAGUGAUUUAGAUGGAAAAACACACGAUGGGGAAAAUGGACUGUUGUAAUGCACGCAGGAGACUGUUUCAUGGGCUCUUGUGAAUCUCCGUCCCUGUGAUGUUGCCCACUCAAAGCGGGGACCUUGGAGAAUCACAAAAUGGUACUUUUUUUGUUCCCUUUUGAACUGAAAACUAAUAUGGACUGUUGGGGGAGGAGAUGGAGAAAGAGAGUGAGAGAGAGAGACAGAGAGAGGAAGUGAGACUGACAUUAUAAGGCCCUUUACUGCCCUUUAUCACAACAUCAAACAUGAAGGGAAAAAAAAAUCUAAAAUAUAAAGCAAAAAUAUUACCAAAAUGCAUGAGAGAGAGCGAUAGGGAGAGAGAUGUCUCUGCAUUACGUGGACUGCAGUCUUUGAACUGUUGGCUCUUCCUGAGUUAAAGCUUGCUCAUUUCGUUUACUGCCUUACUCCAGUGUUGAAUGCAUGUAGCUGUAUGUCUGUACAUAUCAUGCUUUUUAAUGCCAUGAAAUGCCCCUUCUGUGAUAAAUUUACAUGUCUUGGCCAAGGCUUCUGUAUUUUUGGUUUGAAGCCUUGAAAUUUGAAAAGUUGAAGGAUUAAAACAGUUGGAGAUGGUGCAAUUGGCAUAUGAAACCUGAGUGUAAUUAUCUUUUAUACGAUAGUAAUGAAACUCUGUAUGCCUUUGUCACGGUGUGCUAUCUGCUGUUAGCAAUAUUGCACACUGAUGCUUGUAAAUGUCCAUGAAAAAUGUGAGUGUCAAGGAACAUGCUCAGCACAACAAUGCAAAGGUUCAUUUGGCUUUGAGGCUGGGGCUUUUCUUAUUUUUAUUGCACAUAUAAAAUGAUUAUUGAAAAUUCAUGUGCCAGACAUUUUGUUCAGGUGAUGUGCGUAAUUUUCUGGAAAUAAAAAAGCAUUUAUUGUAUCGCUACCGGCAAA